AUGUCUACCAACAAAAUGCAAUAUGUUAGGCUAGGUAAAUCCGGACUCAAAGUGUCCAAGAUCAUCCUUGGGUGCAUGUCCUAUGGUACACCCGAGUGGCAAAAGUGGGUGCUGAAUGAAGAAGAAGGCAUCAAACAAAUCAAGUUUGCAUACGAACAUGGCAUCCAAACUUUUGAUACCGCGAAUGUCUACUCCAACGGCCAAUCAGAAAUCGUGCUAGGCAAGGCGAUCAAGCAGCUUAACCUCCCCCGAGACGAAAUUGUAGUUAUGACGAAGGUAUACGGUGUUGUAGGUCGAGAGCCUGGCUUCAUGGGAUUUGGAAAGUCCGAUUUGGAUAACUUGGGCUAUGUCAAUCAAUAUGGCCUCAGUCGGAAGCACAUAUUCGAGAGCGUGAAGCACAGCCUCGAAAGGCUUCAGCUUGAUUACAUCGAUGUACUCCAAUGCCACAGAUGCGAUCCCAACACCCCCUUUGAAGAAACGAUGCAAGCGCUUCAUGAUGUCGUCAAGGCAGGCUAUGUGCGAUACGUUGGCAUGAGCUCGUGCUACGCGUGGCAAUUCCACGCGAUGCAAAACUACGCGAUAAACAAUGGCUUGACGCCGUUCAUCUCUAUGCAGAACCACUACAACCUUCUCUACCGCGAGGAAGAGAGGGAGAUGUUCCCUACGUUGAAGCACUUCGGCGUUGGAUCUAUUCCCUGGUCUCCGCUGGCCCGGGGCAAGUUGACUAGACCUAUUUCUUCCCAAGUUCAGACAGAGAGGUCGCAGAGUGACCUCUGGCUGUCUCUGUACGACGGCGCCUUGGGAACAAAAGAUAUCGUGACGAACGUCGAGGCGUUAGCAAACAAGAAGGGCGUAAGUAUGGCCCAAAUUGCCAUCGCAUGGGCUCUCUCUAAAGAAGGAGUCACCGCUCCCAUCGUUGGAACUACAAGUCUCAAGAAUCUGGAAGAUAUUCUCGGGGCUAUUGACGUGAAGUUAACGGAGGAAGAAAUCAAGUCGCUGGAGGAGCCGUACAAAGCCCAGGCUGUUGCAGGCCAUCAGUAG